AUGUGGUUGCUGAGUGACGGUGUCAAAGAUCAGCUGCUGGUCACCAUCCAGAAAACCUUCAACUACAACCGCAGCCAGGCGCAGCAGAUCUUCCUCAUGGUGAUGGAGUGCAUGAAGAAGAGAGCUCUGAUAACAGUGUUCAGGAUGGGCUCAGAGGGACAGCAGGACAUUGAGAUGUCCAUCCUGACUGCUCUGCUUAAAGGUACGAAUGCAUCGGCGUCCGAUCAGCUGAGUUUAGCUCUGGCGUGGAACAGAGUGGACAUCGCUCGCAGUCAGAUCUUUGUGUACGGACUCCACUGGCCUCCGGUGAGCAGUUUACCCACCGACCGACCGAAGAGUCCGGUUGCACAGCGAGCAACAGCAGCAGGAGGAGGAGGAGGAGGAGGAGGAGGCAAAGGGAAGGCCAGGGGCAAGAAAGGAAAAGGAGGCAAAACCAAACCUGAACCACCUGAGGAGACGGACCCAAGGAAACUGGAGCUGCUCAACUGGGUGAACUCUCUGGAACAGGCCAUGAUGGACGCUCUGGUGUUGGACAGAGUGGACUUUGUGAAGCUGCUGAUCGAGAACGGCGUCAACAUCCAUCAUUUCCUAACGAUUCCUCGUCUGGAGGAACUGUACAACACGCCUAAAGCUCUGAAGCUUCUUGGAAUGGAGGAUGACGAGCCCCGUCCGAAGGGGAAAGGGAAGAAGAACAAGAAAAAAGAGGAGGAGGUGGACAUCGAUGUGGACGACCCAGAGGUCAGCAGGUUUCAGUACCCCUUCCACGAGUUGAUGGUGUGGGCCGUGCUGAUGAAGCGCCAGAAGAUGGCGCUCUUCCUGUGGCAGCGGGGGGAGGAGGCCAUGGCCAAAGCUCUGGUGGCCUGUAAACUCUACAAAGCAAUGGCCCACGAGUCAUCCCAGAGCGAGCUGGUGGACGACAUCUACCAGGACCUAGAGAACAACUCCAAGGAGUUUGGUCAGCUGGCCUACGAGCUGCUGGAUCAGUCGUACAAACACGACGAGCAGGUGGCCAUGAAGCUGCUUACGUAUGAGUUGAAGAACUGGAGCAACUCCACCUGUCUGAAGCUGGCAGUCGCUGCCAAACACAGAGACUUCAUAGCACACACCUGCAGUCAGAUGCUGCUCACCGACAUGUGGAUGGGCUGCCUGAGGAUGGGCAAGAGCAACAGCCUCAGGGUGAUUUUAGGGAUCAUCUUCCCUCCUGCGAUUCUUCUCUUGGAGUUUCGUCUCGGAGACGAGGGUUCGUAUCAUUCAUCCAAAGAGAACGAGGACGGAAAAACUAAAGAGGACGACAACAAAUCCAGCAAGGAUGCCGUCUCCAACAUCGACGCUAUGUCAAAGAAAGGAGACGAAGAAGAAGAGCAGAAGAAACACAAAAGGAGGACUCCCAUCGGGAGGAAGAUCUACGAGUUCUACAACGCCCCCUUCACAAAGUUCUGGUUCAACACGAUCUCUUACCUGGUGUACCUGAUGUUGUAUAACUACAUCAUCCUGGUGAAGAUGGAGCGAUGGCCGUCUCUGCAGGAGUGGAUCGUCAUCUCUUACAUCAUCACUCUGGGACUUGAGAAAGUCCGACAGAUCCUGAUGUCUGAGCCGGGCAAACUGAAGCAGAAGAUCAACGUGUGGUUGGAGGAUUACUGGAACAUCACAGACCUGGUGGCCAUCUCAGUCUUCCUGCUGGGUCUGCUGCUGCGACUGCAGAAUGAACCCUCCAUGGGCUACGGACGCGUCAUUUACUGCGUUGACAUCAUCUUCUGGUACAUUCGGGUCCUCGACAUCUUCGGCGUCAACAAGUACCUGGGACCCUAUGUCAUGAUGAUCGGUAAAAUGAUGAUUGACAUGCUGUACUUCGUGGUCAUCAUGCUGGUGGUGUUGAUGAGUUUCGGCGUUGCUCGGCAGGCCAUCCUCCACCCGGACGAGGAGCCAACAUGGCGGCUCGCCAGAAAUAUCUUCUACAUGCCGUACUGGAUGAUCUACGGAGAGGUGUUUGCAGACUCCAUAGACCUUUAUGCGAUGGAAAUCAAUCCUCCGUGUGGAGACAAUUUGUACGAUGAAGACGGGAAGAAGCUUCCUCCCUGUAUCCCUGGAGCCUGGCUCACUCCCGCCAUCAUGGCCUGUUACCUGCUGGUCGCCAACAUCCUGCUGGUCAACCUGCUGAUCGCCGUCUUCAAGUCAAACACAUUCUUUGAGGUGAAGUCCAUCUCCAACCAGGUCUGGAAGUUCCAGCGGAACCAGCUCAUCAUGACCUUCCCACGACCGUCCAUCCUGCCCCCCCCCCUCAUCAUCCUCCCCCACAUCCUACUAUCGGUCCUGAAGAGCUCCUGUUGCCGCUGCGCUGCAGGCCAGAAGGGGGACCGCGACGACGGGAGAGACGACUGGCAACUGGUCCUGGGUCCAGAGGAGCUGAAAGUCCUCCAUGAGUUUGAAGAGCAGUGUGUGGACGAAUAUUUCAGAGAGAAAGACGAAAAACAAUCAUCCAACAAUGAGAGGAUCAGAGUCCGUCACAUCUGA